AUGGCAGACAGCAAACCAAUGGAACAAGUCACCAGCGCGGCCGAUACAAUCGAGCCAGCAAAGGAUGUCCAGGCUGUCGUCGGCAAGGGAGGUGACAAGGCCACCGCCUUUUUGGUCGAGCACGGCGAAGUUACUUUCGAUUAUGAAGAAGAGAGACAAGUCCUCAAGCGCAUCGAUCGCCGUAUCCUGCCUUUGAUCCUGGGCGCAUACUUUUUCCAGCAGUUGGAUAAGAGCGCAUUGUCUUACACCUCCAUUUUUGGCCUCACCACCGAUGCCAAUCUUCAUGGAACGGAAUAUAGUUGGCUCGGCUCUAUUCUGUACAUCGCUCAGCUCAUCUUUCAACCGCUUGCCGCGCUUCUCCUGGUGAAGCUACCUUAUGGAAAGGUCAUCGGUACUGCCGUAAUCGGCUGGGGAUGUUGUGCCGCCAUCGCUGCUGCUUGCACAAACUUCAAGUCACUCGCGGCUCUUCGCUUCCUUUUGGGCACGUUUGAAUCCAUGAUUGCCCCGUCACUGCUCGCUGUCACGCAGAUGUGGUGGAGAAGAUCCGAACAGACGCUCCGUACCUCGUACUGGAAUGCAAUGAAUGGUGUCACCUUUAUCGUCGGGUCCCUUGUUACAUUUGGUCUUGGACACAUUGAGAGUCCUCAUAUUUACAAGUACCAGACGGUUUUCAUCUUUUGCGGCUGCUUGACCGUUUUGUUUGGCAUUGUUUUCAUCUUCCUGAUGCCCGACUCGCCCAUGGAGACCAAGUAUCUCAACGAGAGGGAGAAGAUCAUUGCCAUUGAGCGCCUCCGAGCGAACCAGAUGGGUGUUGCGAGCCGCAAGUGGCGCUGGGAUCACGCUUUGGAGACAUUGGUUGACAUCAAGACCUGGCUCUGGUUUGUGUUGGUCGUGGCCAUCUCGAUUCCCAGCGGUGGAUUCAGUACAUUUGGCGCCCUCAUCAUCAAGGAUUUCGGCUACGCCAACUUUACGGCAAUUCUCUUCCAGUUGCCAACCGGUGCACUGCAAAUCAUUGCCAUCACCGGCUCUGCGUGGUUCGCCACCCAUUACGGUCGCAAGGGGCUCACUAUUACCUGCAUUGCCAUGUUUCCCCUAGUCGGCCUUAUCAUCAUGCUUACCGUACCCCGGACUCACAAGGGCGUGCUGCUUUUUGGCUACUACCUAGUCCAGUGUCUUGCAGCUAUUACGCCCAUGAUUUACGCCUGGUCGGCCCAGAACACAGCCGGCGACACCAAGAAGAAGACAACGUCGGCCGUGGUAUUUGUGGGCAUGUGCACUGGCAACAUCAUUGGACCUCUGCUAUACAAUGUCAAUGAUGCGCCAGAAUAUCGUCCCGGUCUGAUUGCGAACUUGGUAAUGUUUGCUCUGGUGGGCGCCCUGGGACUGCUUAUUCCAUUGUAUCUGACGUUCCUCAACCGCCGCCAUGCCAAGACGCGCGAGCAGCUUGGUGGGUCAGCCCACAUAGUCGAUGAGUCCAUGAUGAGGAAGAAGGAUAUGACGGACAGCAAGACGGCCGAUGUUGAACACAACGAUCACGCCCAGACGCAGAGACUCGAGGAUGAUAAGGGACUUCAUGAUGUGACCGACUUGAAGAAUGAGAACUUCAUCUAUGUCGUAUAG